CUUGACAAAAUGGCGAAUGUUGUUGUUUUGCCGCAGGGUCAGUGAACAAAUCCAGUCUAUUUUACUAUUAUUUUCUGCGAUAACCUGCAGAAAUAACACCAAUAAACGCCUAAGCGCCCCGAGGGUCGGUUCCGUGCGGACUGAAAUGAAAGGUAAAGAGCGGUCGCCGAUUAAAAAGCGCUCCCGGGCCUUGGACGACAUCCGAGACAGGGGAGGAUGCCACCCGACCAGCAAGAAAAUGGGGGCUAUCUCGGUUUCCAGUGGGAGUAAUAAUGGAAAUAGCUCGACGAAAAGCGACGGCGGCUCUACGAGAAGGAGCCUUCUCGGCGAAAAGAGGGACAGAGAUUUCGAUGGACACAGCCGAGCUGGGAAUAAUCAUAGCUACCAGGCUGCCGCCGCUAGCUCCAUCGGCAAAAACCACAGCCUGAGCCUGACGCUAGAUUUAGCCACGCCACGGACCAACUCACGGGGGGACCAGCGGGCUCAGCCGCCCAACGCCGAAAGUGAGUACAAAACUCUCAAAAUCAGUGAACUUGGUACUCAGCUCAGCGACGAAGACAUAGAGGAUGGACUUUUUCAUGAAUUUAAGAAAUUUGGAGACGUAAGCGUCAAAAUAAGUCGCAGCAACGACGAGCGAAUAGCCUUUGUGAACUUCAGGAAGCCGGAGGACGCCAGGACUGCCAAGCACGCCAGGGGAAGGUUGGUGCUGUACGACCGGCCCCUGAAAAUUGAGGCUGUGUACAUUAACAGGAGGAGAAGCCGCUCCCCCGUAGAGAGGGACCCGUACGGUGCAGCACAAGGCCACAGACACUUGCACACCCAGCGGCCUCUCUCGCCGACUGGGCUUGGAUACAGAGACUACAGGCUGCAGCAGCUGGCUCUGGGACGGCUGCCCCCUCCCCCGCCGCCACCUCUGCCCAGAGACCUUGAACGGGACAGGGAGUUUGCUCUUUUUGAGGCCAGGGCGCGUCCGGCUUUUAUUGCAGAGCGAGCAGCCUUUCGAGAGGAGGAUUUUAUAUCUCCAGAAGAUGACCAAAGAGCCAAUAGGACGUUGUUUUUGGGUAAUCUGGACAUAACUGUAACAGAGGCCGACCUGAGAAGAGCUUUUGACAGAUUUGGGGUUAUAACAGGAGUCGACAUCAAGAGGCCCACGCGGGGACAAACCAGCACAUAUGGAUUUCUUAAGUUUGAGAACCUUGACAUGGCCCAUCGUGCCAAGCACAGUAUGUCUGGCAAAAUAGUUGGUCGCAACCCAAUAAAGAUAGGCUAUGGUAAAGCAACUCCCACUACACGCCUAUGGGUGGGUGGACUUGGACCCUGGGUCCCUUUAGCUGCACUGGCAAGAGAGUUUGACCGCUUUGGCACUAUACGGACCAUUGACUACAGAAAGGGGGACACUUGGGCCUAUAUCCAGUAUGAAAGUUUGGACGCUGCACAGGCGGCAUGGACACACAUGCGUGGCUUCCCAUUGGGAGGCCCGGACAGGAGACUCAGAGUGGACUUUGCAGACACUGAGCACCGUUACCAGCAGCAGUUUCUGCAGCCUCUCCCACUGCCACCGUUCGACAUGGUGGCAGAGUCAUUUGUCCACCGAGCAACACCUGAACCUCUUAGGGUCAGGGAAAGGACUCCACCGCCACUUCACUUCAGAGAGAGAGAACUCUUUGCUGGAGCUGAGUGGCCUAACCCUGCUAUUCGGGACCGGGUACGUGCUUCACCCUUUGAGCCUCUGGAGCACUUGGAGCGUGAGCGGAGGCCACGGGAGCCCUGGUCUCUGGAGCGAGAGCUUCAGGGGCGAGAACCUGCACGCAAGCGGCGUGUUAUGGAGGAUGGACGGCAUUUGGACUGCUCUCCUGACAGCACUGAGAGGACAGUGAGGCGUAGACGCACCUCCCCAGAUGUUAGUCCUGGGGGGAGCAGCAGAGAAGGGGGGCGCUUCAGUGACUCAGAGCGCCCUCUGCGGGGUGAGAGACCCUCUCCAGUGCGAGAACGUCACAGCAGCCUGGAGAGAAGUGGGGUUGAACGAAGACUCAAAAGCCAGAGUCUUUCUGAGAGGGGACCCUCAAGCAGCGGGGUUUCUACUGUGGGAGAGCGUAAGCGCAAGGCAGGCGAUGGCAGCAAAGGCCCGACCAAGAGAGAGCGGACUGAGAGCAGCUCUAAAGGAAGUCAGUCAUCCAAGCCGGAUGGCACCAAACUCAGCCUGGCUUGGCAUGGUAUGCUGCUGCUGAAGAACAGCAACUUCCCAGCCAACAUGCACCUGCUGGAGGGCGACCACAAUGUAGCCAGCGACCUGCUUGUCGACGGCCCGACAGGAAGGCAGGUGAGCGAGCUGAAGAUCACUCAGCGUCUCCGCCUGGACCAGCCCAAGCUUGACGAGGUUUCCCGGCGCAUCAAGGUGGCGGGCCCCGGCGGCUACGCCAUCCUGCUGGCAGUUCCCGGGAGCACAGAGGAGGUGUCAUCAUCGGACCCUGCAGCCUCGACUCAGCGGCCACUUCGUAACCUGGUGUCCUACCUAAAGCAAAAACAAGCGGCGGGAGUCAUCAGCUUGCCUGUGGGAGGGAGCAGAGAUAAAGACAACACAGGGGUUCUUCAUGCUUUCCCUCCCUGUGAUUUCUCCCAGCAGUUCCUUGAUUCCUCUGCCAAAGCUUUGGCUAAAACUGAGGAGGACUAUCUGGUUAUGAUUGUAGUUCGUGGAGCAUCUUAAAAAAAAGAGUCAGAACACACUAACUUCAAAUUGUGUAAAAAAAAAAAAAAAUCUGCUCAAUGUCAAUAACUAUUGCAUGCUCUGUGUUCUGCAUUAUGGGGUACACUAGUAUGGUUCUUUGGGUGUUUGUGUGUUGCCAUGUAAACUACUAAAAGGAAAAACGAUGCUCUCUCACAAAAGCAACAGAAUGUGUGUUUUUGGAUUCUUAAAAGGGUUUUGAAUUGCUCACCUAGUCAUGAACCUGCAGUAAUUGAUUCUGGAUGCUGUAAGGCAGUGAAGUAUGAGGGACAUUUCAGGAAUAACAUUCAAGGUGAUACAACAACAUGAUAAAUGUCACGCAGAAGACACCCAUUUUGUUUUCAUUUACAAAAACUGAGCAUUUUUAGGCAUUCAGGUGCACUACAGCAAAUCUACAACUGUUAGGCAGUUUGGUCCACAAGAAACUCUGCUCUAUACAAUCAGUAAUCCCUUAGAAGUACAUUCUUAUGGGAAUCACAAGUCCCCUUGCAAAAGCUUUGAAUUACACAGCAAUAAUACUUACGUUGUGACAUUUUUAGAUGGAUACAUCAGUCAUGGCAUCUCUUUAAAUUUUGGAAAUUCAGUGUAAAAGUGUCUUAGUGGAAGAUUUGGUACUGUAUUUGAAGAGCUAUUCAACUCUGGAGCAAGAAAACUGAAAAUUUUUGUCAGGCCGCAAUAAUAAUAAUAAUAAUAAUAAUAAUGGUAAUAAAAAACCCUCAUUUAUGAUAAAAAUAAUAAUUACAGAUGUUGUGAAUUCUCUUUAAGAAAUUGUUGACUUGGGUUCAGCCUCUAGGUUUGGAUUUGAGUGGAACUUUACAAAAGUGUUUUGAGUACUGGAGCACUGGAUUGUGGGAUACACGGUUAACCCAGAGUGUUUCCAUUGGGCUAAAAAAAACUGAAGUCAACUUUAUGUGGAAUGCUGAAUACUAAUAGAUAUGAGAUCACUGCCCAAUCGACAGCCCAUAACACAAUGCAUAUAGCAUAGUAAACGAAAUACUAACUUUUUUCCAAUUGUCAUAUUUUUUUACUGUCUUUUUUUCGUGCAUCCCUACCUUAGCAAUGGCUGUGUAUUGUGAUCAAUAAUUGCAAUAGUUAUGGAUAAAAAGGCUUAGACUAAGAAUUUUGUGUUGAUAUUUGCCGGUCUGUUUUAUUUCUUGCUUUGAAACCAGUAGGUCUACCAAGAAUACCCUUCAGUGUCAGCAUAAUAGUGAAAUGUUCGUACUGAGUAAUGAAUACUUGCUCUUUGUUCAGUAAGCAGGUCUGUGUAAUUUAAAAAAAUUUAGAGCAACUUUAACAAUUUAUGUUUGAAUUGAAACUUUAACGGCCUGAAUUGGACAAUAUUUUCCUCAUGCCUCCCGACAUAUUUUUGAAGGCCUACUUAACAGUAUUUUGUUAAUGCCAUUGUAUGUUUGUCAUGCUUAAGUAACCCACACUGAAUUAUAAUUUGCUGAGUUUGGUUUAAUAUGUAACUGAAAAAAAUAUGUGGAAAAAUGGUUGUAUGUGUGAACAUGACACCCACCUCAACGCUGGACUCCUGAGGAGACGAGUGCAGGGCUCAGAAACCUCUGCAGAGAAGGCAACUAGUGUUUGUGUGUCUUCACUGAUUGAGGCAGCUUUUAAGUUGUGUAGCCCCUCUGCACCUGUGAUGACUUCUGUUUUAAAAUGGGAAAAUGAGCAAUGUACACUUGAUGUCAUGGGAAAGGAAAAUCCGUAGAGCCCAUGCGAAGCUGUUCACAUACCUGCAAAGUGCGUUUGUGCACUUAUGUGACCGAAUAUCAAUAAAUUGUUUCAUUUGAAGGGAAACGUGUUUCUUCGGUGGAAGUAAGUUGAAGAAACAAGCUACUGUACCUUAUUGUGUUUCGAAGGAGUUGUCACUUGAAAUGUUGUUUCUGCACGCGAGAGGGAGACAUCUGUUUGCAAUUUGUUUAGAACCAGUAAGGAGAGACCCCUGGUUCAUGUGAGGAUCGCUGUUUGCUUACAGGCCUUUUCUGAGCUCCUGAGUUGCCCAUCGUAAAUUACUCCCCCCAUGAUCCCCCAGUUACACCCAGCUGAUGCUCUUGGCACAAUGUGAACACCUGGGCAGGAUCGAGGAGCCUCCACUGCCCUUGUUUCCAGCCAGUGUCCAGUUUCAAGUGUGAAACAGUGGCAGAGGCACCCAGCGUUGCAGUUUGGGAGGCCAGGGCCGGAGCAGACAACAGCACACGGCUGUAUCCUGUUGUCUUGUGUCUAAGUGUUUGAUGUUCCUCGUUCCUGGUUCUGAAUAGGAGCUGAGGGAAUCCCAUCACCGGCCGUCACACACUCCGCUUUGGAGAUUGUGGGUGACGUCACGCUGAAGUUUCCAUAGCAUCUGCAGCCUCAAGCGGUUCCUCUGCAGAGGCCAAGUUGAACCUCGGCAGAUUUGUCUUAAUACUUUGCCCAGUUAUGAUUUCAUUUGACUUAAUGUUUUACGCAGGGAAGAGGAUUGGCCCAAAGUCUCAGCUAGGAAUAUUGUUUUCCCAUUCAUUGUGUUUUGCGCCGGUGUGUUCUCUGAUCAACCCUUUCUCUGAGGAGAUGAGUGAAGAUGUUUGCUAUGCCAAGGCCACGUGAAAACCUUCAGAAUAUCUCCUGGCAUCAUCUGAAGUCUGCUCUGACGAGGAAACGAAACCUGAAAAAGGCGAAAAGCUAAACCUUUUUGCCACCGCUGGAAGGAACCCGGCCCUCCCCAGAGCUUUACAAGACCUGUUUAUUUUGACUUUAGCCCUUUUUAUAAGUUAAGCCCAGUUUACCCAGGGAAAAAAGUUUUCCAUCUCCUCCUGCCAUCAGUCUUAGUCAUGUUAGUGUGAAAACAAAUGCUGUGUGCUGUGCUGAGGAGGACGUCUCGCCUCACUGGAGAAACAUUGCCAUCUUGAGGACCAGGGAGCACCUGUCUUCCCCCUCACACAGUCAACCACCAGACACAUCACACUCAUGCACACCUGAAACCCAGGACGGAGCUGAAAUCACUAAACUAGUGCUGUAGAAAGAGCAUGAUGGUGAGUAAAGAGCAGAAGUGCUGCCUGCCAGGUCUGUAUCGGUGGCUUAGGCAGCAGAGGUAAGUUUACAGUGUCAACACCACAUGUUUUGCCAUAGUAAAUACAACAUGUCACUCUAGUAUUCAGCCUCAACAAGGUUUUUCCCAUUGACGUAACACCAUACCCCAGUUUAAGAUAACAGGACCAUUCAAGGCCUACAAACACUUGUAUAUACAGUUCAGUAACAACAAAACAUUCAAAUGGUGAAAAUUAAGUCAAAACUUGAAAAAUGUUUACUGACAUUGCAAUGUUUGUAGAAAAUGACAUAGAAAGGAGUUUUUUCACUGACAAAUGUUUCAGGCCAGUAGGACCAAGAGGGAGAAAUAUGCAUUAAAACUGUAUUUUAAGACUAAGAAAAUGAAAAUUGAACAUCUCAUUACAGAGAUGCCACUGCAGCUAUUGAUUCCCCCAAUUUUACUAGACGCACUUGCCAAGGAACUGUAUGUUCAUCUGUUUGUGCAGCUUCAGUGGGGAUGGUGAUCUUAAAGGGGAAUGCCACUCACUUUUAAGAUUUAAAAUGUAACAGAUUUCCUAGAAAACUAACAGUGAACCAUUCUCCAAAGCUAGAGGCUCAGAGUCACGAUCUGUCCCUCACGUAAAGCCGGCUGCCCUGUUGGCAGUGUAUUGGUGCUAACCGAGUUUGUGGACUCUGGCCUGCUGUACUGUGUCUACAGUGCAGCUGACAUCAUGGAUGGGCAGACAGAAGAAUCCCCCUCUGUCCCUGGCUGCCAGAGACAAUAGCACAUGUAGUAAUAUAGACAGAACAAAAUCAUUUAACCACCAAAUGUCACUGGUAUUCCCUUGGAAGAUACAAUCCCUCAUACUAAAUAUAUUUUAAGGAUGGCACUUUAGAGUUGUUACAGAUGAAAUUGCUAAAGGCCAGAUAUGAAUUAGUUCUUGUUAUUGCACCAGGCAUCAUUGUGUCAAGUAUCAUUAAUGAGAGAAAUUAAAUUUGAUUGAAAUAUCAAAAAAUAUGUUAUAUGAAGGUGAGUAGAAACGGGGAAAAAUGACAGCCUUACCUUCUGGCACUAAUUUCUCAUUUGCAGUGGGUGAUGUGAAAGACCACACACCGCACCGGGUAAUCACCAUAGAUAAUGAAAAUGGCUCAAUCUGAAGAAUUUAGUCAGAUUUACAGGAACCCUAGUCUUGGCCCGGAUACCUCAGUGGUAGGGGAGAUAGCGUGCACAAAA